UAAAUCACAAACAAGCAGUCAUGCAUUUGUGAGCAUAGUGUUGAAUUUGUGAUCUGUUCAGAAAUACGGCACUUUUUAACAAAGAGGAAAAUGAUUACUAGCUGCAUUACUUUGCCACUCUUACUGUUUCUGUUACAGUUUGUUUCUGGUACAGAUGGUCAAGGAAGUAAAUGCACGCCUCCUUAUGUUUCUAUUGACUCAAAGUGCUACUACUUCAGUUCAGAGAAAGCAUCCUGGAAUAAAGCAUAUGUAGACUGUAUUAAAAUAGGUGGAUACCUGGCAAAUUUGGAAACUCUGGAUGAAUAUCUUUUUGUUCAUUACAAGCUUCAGGAAAUGAACAAUGGCUUAUUUUAUGCCAUUGGAGCCCGAGAUUUUAACCAGGAUUUGAAAGGUGGAGAUUGGAGGUGGGCAAGGAGGGGAUUCAAUUCAAGAUUGUCGUACUUUGCAUUCGGUGCAUCAGAACCAGAUGGGACCAAAACAAACCCUGAACUAUGUUUAGGGCUAGAUCCUAACAAAAACUAUGAAUUUGUAGACAUCCCUUGUUCGACUCCUUUUCGAUAUAUUUGUGAAAAAUAAAGUUUAUCACAAUUAUCGAUGUAUGAACAUGUUUCCUCCUUCUAGAUAUAUCUGGCUUUUGUGAAAGAAAGAAAAGACACACUAAUUUUAAAAAUAAAAGUAUAUAGUCCUUUCAGGAUAAAAUGUUUUUUUUUUAAAAAGAUGUUUCAAGACAAGGCAUUAAAUCAUAGUUUACAUUUUUCGUUAAAAAUAUUUUUUUUAUUUUUAGUGCAUUCGAUAAGGAAGUUCUUAAACCCGACAACACAAAUGUGAUAUACCACUUAAAAGGCUUUUAUUGUGACUCAACAUAUAUGUAAAUUAGUUCAAGGAGAAUGCAUUAGAAAAUUAAUUAACUAUUGACCUAAUAGACCAAUUAGAUAAUUUAGUGCCAGUAAAAUUCACCCUACAUUUAUUUUAGGAUAAUCUAUAUACUAGUAUUUUUAAUUAUCACUGGGUCAGUUACUAACAUUGCCAAUUUUAUUGAAAUUUUCGGAUAUUUUUAAAAAAAUCUUUUCUAUAGAACGCUUGCAUUAUUUGAAAGAUAACAAAGAUUGGAAUCAUUUCAAUAAAAUGUGGUAA